AUGUCCGACCACGAGUACCAUUUCGACGUCACCAUGACCUGUUCAGGAUGCUCCAACGCCGUCAACAGAGUGCUUACCAAGCUCGAGGGAGUCAAGAAUAUCGAUAUUUCGCUUGAAAAGCAGACCGUUGAUGUGAAAACAACUGCUUCUUUGGACUACGAUAGCGUGUUGAAGACAAUCACCAAAACUGGUAAGAAGGUGAAUGGCGGCAAGGUGGUGGUCUAG